AUGAAUCCCAACAACACCAGCACCAACAGCAAUAGCCAUCUCAGCGUCCAGGGAGACGAAGUCCCGCCUCCACCCUAUUCAGAGACGGACGUCUACAGCAAUUCAAAUGGCUCUCGCUCUCCUCGCCCGGCAGCCGCAGAAACCCCAUCUCACGGCUUCGUACCAGUAGACGAUGCUGCCUCUUCGACUGCCGACGAUGUCAUCUACACGCCACCUCUCAGCCCUCAAAACACUUCAGACGCUGGGCAGUCCGCGGCCUCUCUAUAUUUUGAGCGGAGGCCUGUGCCGCAGCCAAACGCAACAGCCCGCGAACCUCUUGUUCAUGCCAUAGAGGUAAAUGAUGCUUCGCGGCCUGACGAUUUCCCCUACCAGAAUGACUGGGCAGCCCGAGACAUCUCUGCCCUGGACUGGUCUACUUUUGUCAACUUCCUGCUUCCCGAUCACAGCACGAGACAGAAUGAGGCUAUCCUCCAUAGAAAGCUGCGAGAUGAGAUGCAGUCAAACUCGGGCAGCACUAACGAUACGACGUCGCAGGUCGAAGCCCAGCUCGGCCGGAAUGCUGAUGCAGGAACUACACCUAGCCCUGAUGCUGUGCAGCGAAGAAGAAAUGUCGAAGCCACUGUCCUGCAGUGGAAUGAUGGCUUCUUCAACCCUCGUGGUAUCCAAGUCAACCUUGAACCCCUGAGAGCUCCGUCCACGCAGAUGCCUGGGGCCUGGGAAACCAACGUUGACCAGAGAUCUGAGUCUGCUCAGUCUUCGCAUACAGCAGGCCGCUCAGAGCCCUCCAGCUGGAGCCCAUGGAGUGGCCUCGUCAUGGAUGAAAAUGGCAUUCGACUUGGCAACUCCUUUAUGGACGAAAGUGGCAUUCGACUUGGCAAUUCCUUUGUGGCAGACUCAAAUGGCCUGCGCAUCGGAAACCUCAUCAUGGAUGACAAAGGCAUUCGAUAUGGAAAUAGCAAAGGGCCAAGCCAGCAGCAGUCACGGCAGCCAACUACGGAUGCCGGCCAAGACGUUCGCGGUCGUGCUGCUAAUCAAGGAAGCCAGCCCGACAACAAAAAGGAUCACAAACGCUCAUCAUCCUGCUCGUCUGUCUCAUCACUAUCCUCCAUGAGCUCUGUAUCUUCCAUUGGGUCUCUGCCCAGCUAUGACGACGUUCCCCAGAGGUCAAUACAGGUUUACCUAGCCCGACUCCAGGACUGGACUGACCAUCCUGAGCAAUACCGCUCCAAGCAAGACGUCAAACAGUUGAAGGCUGACCUCAAGAGCGUCCCCAUGUGCGAUGGCUCCAUCUCUGAGGCAGAUAAAAAGGCUCUGAAAGCACAAAUAAAGGCCUUGGCGAGUGUGUGGAGGCAGAUCAAGAAAACCCAGAGAAAGGAACGCAGGGCUCUCAAAAAGGAGCGCCGUGCCCAGAGGAGAGCAGAGUGGAAGGAGAAGAGACAGCAUAAAAAGGAGAUGAGGAAAGCAGAGAGAGAAGCUCGAAAGGAAGCCCGAAGAGAAGUUGCUGCUCCUCCGCCUCCCCCGCCACCUGCUAUUCCACCAAUGCCUCCAAUGCCUCCCGGACACGUUGUGCCUCCUGUGCCUCCUGUGCCACCGAUGCCUGGAAAUCCUCCCCCCUUUACCGGCAGCUUCCCCUGGGGUCCUCACGGCCCGGGCAGAGGUCGAGGUGGACGAGGUGGAAGAGGAGGCAGAGGCGGAAGAGGCGGUCGGGGCGGUCGUGGUGGUUUUCAAUCUGAUCACCAGGGUCCCUUUGGCCAAGACUGGACUGGCGAAAAUGGCGUGUUUGGAUCGCGCGGUCCUUUUGGCCCUGGAGGUCCAUUUGGUCCCCAUGGUCCCUUUGGCGAAAAGGGCAUCUUUGGAAACGGCGGCAGCGAUGGCUAUGGCUCCAACAGUUUCUUUAGAAAUACGGCGGAACAGCGACACCAAGCGCACAAUCAGCGCGAUCAGCUACAGCAGCGCGGCGCGGCAUAUUCCUCUCACUCCAUGCCGGGCUACUGGCCCGACGAGAAACACGAAUAUUCAAUUCCCGUAACAUCACAAGAUGAUGACGAGCAGAUGGCUCCCUCUGCCGCUGCGGCAGCAAAGUACCGGUCCAUCAUGGGUAUCGAGACUUCGAUUGAGCAACAGCUCGCUGCGGCGGAGAAGGCUCCGCCAGGUCCUGAAAAGGAGGCGCUGGAAUGGGCCAUUGCCGAGAUGCUGAAUCAGUUGGAGGUGAUGAGGAUGGAGGCUGACGAGGAGUAUGCAAUAGAGCUGAGCGGGCAAUGA